UUCUCGUAGGCGGAGAAACGCUAAGCAGUCCCGUUUACCUCUCUGCAAUGUGAACGCUAUUAUUUCCUAUAAAAACCACCUAAAACAGAGGUGUUGCCAUCUUACGAUCAAGAUACAGCCAACGAGACAAAAUGAACGCCAAACAAAUCUGUGCACUCCUCGUAGGAGCUGUCCUGCUUGUGUCUGUUUGCGCAGCAGAAGAGAACAGGCUAAAAAGGCACUUUUUCCUCGGAGGAAUCUUAGGAGGACGGCCACCAUACUACAGAUAUCCUUUCCCCAAUAACCCCGCCCCCAUCCCCGUCAACAACCCUGCUACUGGGACCAACCCUGGUCCUGCUGUUGGCCCUCCAAUUGGUCAGCCAACCGGCAACCAGCCAACAACAACCGGCAACCAGCCAACAACAACCGGCAACCAGCCAGCCCAAGGUCCAGUCACCAUCAACCUGACCGCCCAGCAGGCCCAGCUCCUGCGAUCUAUCCUUGCAUUUCUUUUGAAUGGAGGAGCAGCACCGGCAGGCAAAUAAACUGACAGCACACCUGAAGGGAUUCUUGGAUUCUGGACCACAACGACAUGAACCUUAACGUUGAUGACGUCAGAGUUUUAUUCCAAGACAUGAUUUGAGCUAAAACGAUUAGCCCUGGGAAAUUUUGGGUCUAGCAAUGAUCCUUGAAUAAAACGAAUACUUAUAACAUUU